AUGGUUGGAACCGACCGCCCCGACCUCCAUUACUGCCCCCGCAGACACAGCCUGAUGCUCACCGGCGCCAUGGGUGCAGUGCGGGUCAACAGAUACAGUAUUGUUUCCACUGAUGAAGACGUCCUGAAGAUCUCCAGCUUGGCCCUCCACAACGGCCACAGCCCCCUGACUCAGCAGAAACUCUCGGGGGUCUGCAUGCGAGCUGAAGAAGGAGGAGGUGGAGGAGACUGUCCAGGAAACGAUGAGGGUCGAGGGGCGUUGCCUUUGAGAUUGACCAAUGAGCCCGUCAUCCACAGCAGCUGCCGUUCUUCGCCUUCGUGCCGUCUGGACCUGGACCUUAGCAGCAGACACCUGCGCACUCGCUUCGUGAAGAAGAACGGCCAGUGCAACGUGGUUUUUAACAACAUGGAGGAUAAGCCGCGGCGAUACCUGGCUGACAUCUUCACGACCUGCGUGGACAUACGCUGGCGUUACCUGCUGCUUAUCUUCACCACCACCUUCCUUCUGUCAUGGCUGCUGUUUGGUCUGAUCUUCUGGGGGGUGGCCCUCGCUCAUGGAGACUUUGAGCUGCACAUCCCAUUGAAGGACGGGUAUUCUAGGGGUUUCCCAGAGGCUGGAAAAGACGAGUGGCGACCAUGCAUUCUCCACGUCCAGGGUUUUAUUGGAGCGUUCCUCUUCUCCAUUGAGACUCAGACCACCAUUGGAUAUGGUUUCCGGUGCGUCACUGAGGAGUGUCCAGUUGCUGUGGUGACAGUUGUGGUGCAGUCCAUCGUCGGCUGCAUCAUUGACUCCUUCAUGAUUGGCACCAUCAUGGCAAAGAUGGUUCGACCCAAAAAGAGGGCGCAGACUCUGCUGUUCUCACAUAAUGCAGUCAUUGCUUUGCGAGACGGUAAACUGUGCCUCAUGUGGCGCCUGGGGAACAUGCGUAAGAGCCAUAUUGUGGAGGCCCAUGUGCGUGCUCAGCUCAUUAGGCCCCAUGUAACAGCAGAGGGUGAAUACCUCCCUUUAGAGCAGAAAGACAUUGACAUCGGCUAUGACGACGGACUGGAUCGCCUGUUUCUGGUGUCGCCUCUGGUCAUCGUCCAUGAGAUCAACAAAAACAGUCCUCUUUAUAACCUGAGCUGCAGUAACUUAAGGAAGGAGGAUUUUGAGAUUGUGGUCAUCCUGGAGGGAAUGGUGGAGGCCACGGCGAUGACCACACAGGCCCGUAGCUCCUACUUGGCAAGGGAGAUCCUUUGGGGCCACCGCUUUGAGCCUGUAGUGUUCGAGAAAGGUGACCGCUACCAUGUGGACUAUUCCCGCUUUCAUAAGACUUACGAAGUGCCAUCUACACCUUACUGCAGUGCCAGGGAACUGAGCCAGAGACAGGGCCAAUCGUCAUCCUCUAGUUCAAGUUGCUCCCGCUCUCCAUCGCCGUUUGCUCCGAGGGCGACAAGGCGCCUUCAGGGCUCCCACUCCCCCAGUGCUUUCUGCUACGAGAAUGAAGUCGCUUUGUGCUGCGGAGAUGAUGCCGACGAUGACGGGGCGCAGCAGGAACCUGAGAGACUGAAUGUAGGAACUAAAAGAGAAGUAAAACUGAGAGAUGACGUUCACUUGGAUUUUAAGGGGGCAUUUGUGAAAGAGCAGACGGUGGAGAUGUUGUGUGUCCUGGACACAGAGAACCAGCUUGGCCUCGACAGAUUACAGCCCACAUUACCUUUAUACAUCAGCAGAGAAUCAGGAGUUUGA